AUGGAUUACGACCGCUACGACGCUUUCCUCCACCACAUCUUCAAGCAGACGCAGGGCGACGCGUGGUUCCGCCCCAACGAAGACAACCUAUCUGCCGGCGUCGCACUUCGUGUCGACAAUGGCCCCGAGUUCCGUGUCUUCCCUUACGAGAACCUCGCGCUCGAGCCCUUCGAGGCGGCCGUCUCUGCGUUGAACCCGGCCGUCGCCAUCAAGGUCCGCAGUGCAGCAGUACACGCAGCGUUGGCUGAAGUUGGCCCGGAUGACAGGUCAAUCUAUGUCGACGCAAAUACGCGUAUCCAAAUCAUCGAGACGAUGAUGGACCUUCCCACCGCGGACAAGGAGCAGAACGCGGCAUUCAUCCGUGACGAGCGAGUACUUGUUGUAUGGUCGGAUUCCAUCGACGACAUCAUUCCGACAUGCCACGACUUUGAGGAGCGCCUCAUCAAGCUGCUCUGGCGAUCACGACCAAAUGCUGUGGGUAGCCACGCUGCGAGCUCAAGCAGUCAUCCUGCGAGUAUCAAUGUUAGUUUCGUAGGAGGAUGUCUCGUGCAUUUGACUAUCGGGACCUUUGGCUCUGUAUCUGGUAACUCACUCUACCGCUCAGGCCGUUCAAGCAGUCAACUGCCAGCAGCACCGGGCACGCCCGGCAUCCCUGGCACCCCGCGCGGUAUGGGCCGCAUGAGUCUGCUCAUGGGCAAGGACGACCUCGAGAAGGGCGGUGACGUCGAAGAGAACGUCGUCAAGACAAAGACCGUGCGGACAUGGUACGGCAAGAAGAAGACGAUUAUCCUCGAGGGCCCGGACAUGAGCGAGGUCGACAAUGCGCUCCCUGGGAAGCGGCCUGCGCUGCUGUACGCGCCUCUCUACAAUGGUCUUGCGGCCGGUCUCUCUGUCUACUUCAUUGGCAAUGGUCUCAAGACGUUGCUCAACGAGUGGCAGCUCGACAAUAACUUUAUCCGGUUUGCACUCGUCGCGACGAUGCCGUUCCUCUACUGCGUCUCGCUCUUCUUCGCCCUCCAGAUCAUCCAGAACGUGUCUAUGGCUAUCGGACCCAUCGCGCAGUACCACGAGAAUUCGAAGUACUACUCAGCACUCAAGCCGCGGCCGAACAAGAUCGUGGACAACGACCUGCCGCACAUCACGAUCCAGAUGCCGGUGUACAAGGAGUCUUUGGAAACUGUCUUGGCGCCAUCUAUCGAGUCCAUCAAGAAGGCAAUGCAGACGUAUGCCCGGCAGGGUGGUACGUCCACGAUUUUCAUCAACGACGACGGUCUCAGGUUGCUCUCGGUCGAGGAGCGUGACGCGCGUAUCGCGUUCUACGCCAACCACGGCAUUGGCUGGGUGGCGCGGGCGAAGCACGACGACGCGCCGGAUGGGUUCAAGCGUGCCGGACGUUUCAAGAAGGCGUCAAACAUGAACUACGGUCUGAAGCUGUCGCUCAUCGCUGAGAAGCAUCUCGAGAAGCUGCUCACGGAGGAGAAGGAGCGCGGCCCGCGCAAGAGCGACUCGCUCGGCCACGAUGGCGAGCAGCGCUACGGGAUGCAGUACCAGCACCGGGACGGCGGCAACGCGAGCGUCGUCAACUUUGGCAGCGACGACGAGAAGGUGAACACCGAGGACUGGGAGCUCGAGGAGCGCGCGCUCCAGUUGGCUAUUGACGAGGUGUAUGAGUUAAGCGGCCGCAAGUUCCGUCCCUGGGCUGCUAACGGCCGCGCGUGCCGUGUCGGUGAAAUCGUUCUCAUCGUCGACUCCGACACUAUCGUGCCCGAGGACUGCUUCCGGGAUGCCGCGCGCGAGAUGGCCGAGUGCCCCGAGGUCGGGGUCAUCCAGCACGAGUCGGACGUCAUGCAGGUCGCGCACCAUUACUUCGAGAACGGCAUUGCGUACUUCACCCGGCGUAUCAACAAGUGUAUCUCGUACGCGUGCGCGAACGGCGAGGUCGCGCCGUUCGUUGGCCACAACGCGUUCCUGCGCUGGAGGGCCGUCCAGGACGCAGCGUUCAUCGACCCCGCCGACGGCGAGGAGAAGAUCUGGUCCGAGACGAACGUGUCGGAAGACUUCGACAUGGCGAUGCGGCUCCAGAAGCGCGGCUUCAUCAUCCGGUGGGCGACGUACUCCCUCGGCGGCUUCAAGGAGGGUGUGUCCCUGACGUGCGACGACGAGCUGAACCGGUGGCAGAAGUACGCGUACGGCUGUAACGAGCUGUUGUUCAACCCGAUCGUCCAGUGGUGGCGCAAGGGCCCGAUCUCGAAGGAGAUCCACUCGUUCCUGUGGUCGUCCGCGCCGCUGCACUACAAGUUCUCGAUGAUGGCGUACAUGUUCUCGUACUACGGUAUUGCUUGCUCGAUCACCAUCGGUGUCAUCAACUACGUCCUCCUCGGCUUCGAGCUCCCCGUCGACGGCUUCUACAUGCACUCGUUUGAGAUCUGGCUUGCGACGACGGUCGUGUUCAUCGGUUCCGGCAACGUCGGCUACACCCUUCUGCAGUACCGUCUCGGUGAGGAGCCUCUCAUCAAGUCCUUCCUCAUCAACGUCAUGUGGGUUCCGUACUUCUUCUUCUUCUUCGGUGGUCUAUCGAUCCCCGUCAGCCAGGCAAUUCUCGCCCAUCUAUUCUCAUACAACAUGACGUGGGGUGCGACGAAGAAGGAGGUUGAGCGGUCGAACUUUUUCGAGGAGAUCCCGAAGAUCCUUAAGAGGUUCUGGGUGCCGUGGGCGAUUUGUAUCCUGCUCACGGCGGCGAUCAUCAUCCUGUCGACAUCGCUGGUGCCUUUCCAGUGGCGCAUCGACGGAUCGUCGUGGGCCGUCAUCUUCCCGUUGGCGAUCCAGAUCGGAUGCCACAUACUCUACCCGAUCGUGCUGAACCCAUGGCUGAUGGUGUUCUCGUACUAA